AGUUCUCUCUCAUUUGACGGACUUCUCGGCGACGCGCAGGAAUGGCAGCGGCGGACGGGUCGGCACGAGACCAGGAUUUAAUGCAGUAAUUUCACGUUUCCGUUCAUUUCUAUGGGCUGCUCUGUGGGGAAAACAUUUUGUUACCUUCGUACGUACCUUCUCAGCACUUUUGUGUCUGUCAUAAAUCCUCGUGAGGUCUAAACGCAUGGCUUUUGUUUGAGAACAGUGUGAACGGGAUAGAAACACCCAAUUUUCGGACCGUCUUUAUCUGGGAAAGAAAGUGAUUUAUUCAUCUCUGUUUGGGACACGUACAGUGUCUGGAUAAUGUCUUCUGCUCGGGUCGAUUAUAUCGCUCCAUGGUGGACUUACUGGCUCAAUCAGUUUCCUCAUGUGAAUUUGAGGUUUCAGUCUCUGGAUCACACGUUUAAACCGCAGGACGAGAACUACCAGCAGUCUCUCAUCUUCCUGGGUUGUGUAGCGGCGGCCGGUCUUGGUGUAAACUUGCUGUGCCUGGCGAUAUACCUGAGCUGUCUGUGCUGCUGUCGAAAAGAUGAGGAGGAAGAAGAAAGUAAGAAGUCCAAUUCUUGCUGUGUCACGUGGGCAGCAGUUGCUGCAGGGCUCAUCUGCUGUAUUGCCGUGGGAGUGGGUUUCUAUGGAAACAGCGAAACCAAUGAUGGGGUGUACCAGCUGACCUAUUCCCUCUACAACGCCAAUCACACGCUGGCAGGAGUGGACAGCUUGGUGACUGGUACUAUGGGAGGGAUGCAGAGCGGCCUUAAAGAUCACUUGUCCCGAUUGGAUGAGAUCUUUGCAGCACGGGGAGAUUUCGUUCAGACGCUGCAUUUUAUGCAACAGAUGGCCGACAACGUCAUUAAACAGCUCCUGGGACUUCCUGAUUGGGAAAAAGCAAAAGUAGACCUGGCUGCCAUAGCAGAUCAGACGGCUUACAUGGAGUAUUACAGGUGGUUGACAUACCUGCUGAUUCUGAUCCUGGAUCUGGUUAUCUGUCUAGUUGCGUGUCUCGGCCUGGCGAAACAAUCCCGCUGGCUGCUCACCACAAUGAUGGUGUUUGGUGUUCUCACUCUCAUCCUGAGCUGGGCGUCUCUUGGAGCGGAUGUGGCCACUGCAGUGGGUACAAGCGAUUUCUGUGUUUCACCUGACAAGUUUCUGAUGAACCAGACGAAAGAUGUCAUCAGCUCAGAUAUUGUGCACUAUUACCUGUACUGCAGUCAGACCCUCCCCAACCCGUUUCAACAGUUUGUCUUGCAGUCCCUGACUGUCUUCCAGAGAUCCCUGACCACCAUGCAGAUGCAGAUUCAGGGUCUUCUACAGUUUGCUGUGCCUCUGUUUCCCACAGCAGAGAGGGAUUUACUGAACAUUCAGCAUCUGUUGAAUAAUUCAGAGGCCAGUUUACACCAGCUCACCGCCCUGCUGGACUGCAGGGGACUCAAUAAGGACUACCUGGAUGCUCUGAUGGGUGUGUGUUAUGAUGGUGUGGAGGGUUUACUGUAUCUGUGUUUGUUCUCUCUGCUGGCUGCUACGGCCUUCUCCAUCAUGCUGUGUGCCAUCCCGAGAGCAUGGCGGCAGAUCGCCAACAGAGAAAGAGAUUAUGAUGACAUGGAUGAUGGGGACCCGUUCAACCCUCAGAGCCGACGAAUGACGACGUCGCAUCCGGUCAACAUGCACAGUUUUGGUAGUUACAGUAGUAGCAUUGGCAGCCAGACCAGUCUGCACCCCCCGACACAGACACAGACCGUCUCCAACGCCCCCGUCUCAGAGUACAUGAACCAGACUGCGCUGUUUGGUGGAAACCCGCGCUAUGAAAAUGUGCCUCUCAUCGGGAGAGGAUCUCCUCCUCCUUCGCUUUACUCACAGCCAUAUAGAAACAGCUAUUCUCCGACCAUGAGAGCCACUUACCUCUCCAUGACUGAGGACCAGAUCAGACACUUCGGGGAGGAUUUCCGGGCAUAGAACUGAUCUCCGUCCCUCUGUCAUCCACUUGUUUCCCCUGGCUUGAUUCGGUAACAUGGACGCACGGAGAACUGUAAUGCCAGCAUGCGUGCGCUCCCCUUUUUGUGUUUUACUGUAUCUGACUCGCCGGACCACAGUGUGAGAGAAGAACAUCAUUUUAGGAGCACUGAUUCUCUGUGUGUGUGUGUGUGUGUGCGUGCGUGCGUGCGUGCGCGCGCGCAUGUGUUUUUAUGUGUUUGCAAGGGUGCUUGCAAUGCAUUGUCACUAAUCCUGAUGGUGCGGUGCAUCUACUGACACGUUACUGUGAGGUGCUGAAAUAACUUUUGUUUGUAUGUUUAUAUUAUGUAUGUUUCAGUCAGGUAGGCUGUUGGUCUUCCUUAUAGAGCUGUUUAGGCAUGAAGUCAAUGUGUAGACAAACCUGUUACUUACACCGUCAUGCCUGGGAUAUACAGUCAUAAUUCUAAUGUGAAUGUGAUGCAUGUUAAUGUUGUAGACCAAGACGUGAAGUUUUCGGUAAUCACAAAUUUAACUUCUCAUUAUUUUCUGGAUUAUUAGACAAAAGCCUAAACAGCUCUAUUGCCUUGAACACAGAAAAUUGAACACAUUUUACAGGACCUAAUACAUAACCUAAAAAAGGUUAGCCAUUUGUUAAAAAAAAAAUGUAAAUAAAUGUAUCAUUAUGGACACUGGCUGAAUAUUCUGUCCAUUGGAUGCCAAUGGUGAAACAGUAGGUUUGCUUGAUACUUUUCGAAGCGAUUGUUGCUCAUGAAAAGUCCUUUUAUGCUGUCUUGAUUACUGUGCAGAAUGAACUUUAUGGUUAUGUCAUCAUUUUUUAUGACGGAUGAUCGUACAGAUACUAAUGUACCUGUAUUUUAUCUCUUUAUUUUGAGUGAAACUCUCCCCCCACCCGAAUAUUUUAUGUGCCCAAGAAUGGAAGCAUGUUUUGUGCCUCUUAAAGAUCCCAUGAAUUUACAUGACAGCUUUCUUUUUUAUGUGUUUAAAUACGUGUUGCUGUUGAAACGAGGGGGUCGUAUCAACAAGAUUUAUUUCCUGUCAAACCCUUUGCUGUCAGAGUCAGCUAGUGUCAGAUGAGGGACAUUCUACAACAUUAAACAUUUUAUACAAUUCAUUUUACACAAACGCAAUAUACAAGUUGUUCCUUCAGAUGUCCUUAAAGAUGUCAAAUUUAAAGCCACAAGGUCACAUUAAGAUUUCACAGGUUCUUUAAACCCUUUAUUUUGAUUUCUCAUCAAUUUUGUGUUGUUUUUAUGAAUGGCAGGGAUUGGGCAUGAAAAAAAAGCUAUUGUGUCAUGCAGGCAUUUUAAAGCACAAUCUGUUCACUGGGGGUUUAAAGUGACCCUUAAGGUGUUUCGCGUGUUUUCAAGUGAUAUACCAACCUCAUUUCCGGUAUGUCGUAAUGACAAACCUCUAUGUCUAGACUAGCACACUGAGCCAAUUACUCUCCAUGUUGCAAAUGUUUGUCUAAUAGCAGAAUAUACACUUUGUAAUAACCUGACCAGCUGUAAAUACUGUAACUUGUAUGAUAACAGAUUUUGUGUAAUUUUACUUUUUUGGGGUCCAUUCUGGUGUGCCACAGUAUCUUGUUUGAUGAUAAACUCAGCUACAUGGACAGAAAAGCAAUGUGUCCUCAUUUGGAUUUAAUGUGGAUUUCAAAAUGUCUUACAAUUACAAAAGGGGUCCAUGGCAUCAGUCUUGUUUAUUGCCUAGUUAGACUGUUUUUAAAUACAGUUUUCAAACUUAUUUUAAUACUUGGGAUGCAUGGGCAGUACUGAUUUAAAGACAUUGAGGGGUGGUUGAUUUCUGUCUAAUUUAGAAGACAGAAACCUGGUGAAUAAAACUACUGA